AGUAUUCCAAAUUCCUAAUCAUUGGAUGCUACUGCAUCAGAGAUCUAUACCGCAAACAAUUUGUUGCCAGAAACUCUGCUAUAAAGCCAUCUUCCCCGUCCGCGUUUGUGUUAUCUCCUUUUAAGAGCGAACGUAGUUUUUAAAUUCUUCUCCCUGUUGAACUGGAGCUACUCUUCUCUGUUUCUGAGUCUGUUUGCACCAUGUCACUGCCAGUCGAAAAUGCUAAUGCAAGUGUGGCAGGCCUUUCCCCUAAUCUGUUUAGGGUGAUGCGCAUUGUCCCUGACAAGCAAGAUUACAGCUUUGUUGAAAAGGUGCAGCUUCCGGAACAUGAAAUUUUAAGGCUCUGCAAUAAGUUCAUGCCCGCUUCUGCUUCUGCUUGCUUAGGAAACCCACCAAGAAUCCGAAUCGAUUUCGACGGAUUAAACCAGCGGCCCUUCUCUGCCGUGGGAAUGUAUGGUGAGAAGAAGAUGCUGAUACGCAUUUUACGAAUGAAAGGCUUGCUGGAGGAGUCAGUUGUGGCUCAACUGGAGGGGGGCAACUUUGAGGCGGGACUUUACAUAAUUGUUCCGCUAGAAACAACUAGCCCCGUGGUUGCUUUCUACUGGCACGAAGGUGAGCAUUUCAGGGAGGCGUCGAGGAAGGACGUUUCCUGCAAUUUUAUCCGAUAUUUGGUCGAGCUUUGUGAUUAUGUGUAUAUUUGUGUGGAAGGGAGCUACGAUUUUCAUACCCUGGCUACUUCUAUGGCAAGCUCGCGCUCCAAAGCUUCGCGUACUCGAAGGGUUCAUGUGACCAGUGUGAAAAAUUCCGACAAUGAUGUUGAAUUGUUGCCUGGUUUUAAUGUUAGAAUUGAUGGAUGGGGUUUCAUAAAUAGCAAAACCUCAUCAGCUCUCAGUGGAAAUAAGGAUGGUAUGUUCAAUCAUAACAGAAUUCUGGUGUUCUGUGAAGGGUAUCAACGCUGUAGUUUCAUGACGGUGGAGCCUAAGGAGAAGGAGAAGUUUGUUUGGAAAGUGUGCGAGCUAUCUCCAAUGAAAAAAGACUUGAAGGUAUUGACCACCAAUUCUGGACCUGCAAUCGUCCCGGCAUGCGGUGAGCCUGUGGAAUUAGUAGCUUUAAAUACUGCAUGUGAAAGUUUGUUUAAAGUUUUCCAACUUAGCUCUGGAGAAUUGUUGGUUUUUAUUCAUAAUUUCAAAGAUUCAUGCCUGCAUCUGUAUCGCUCACCCAAGAUUGGGUCCAACAUAAAUAACAUGAGUCCAAUUCAUACUUUUAAAAGGGGUUUCGAUUUGUUGUCUGUGGACGAAGGUACACGAUCUAUGGCUCUGUAUGAUAAAAGUAGAUUUAAGAUUGGGAUAUAUAAGUUUGAUGAGUCGUUUAGGAAGGUUUAUGCGACUGGGGUAGAAGUUCAGUUGGAAACAUAUAAAGGCAGCAAGGUCAUUAAAUGGAUGCAUUUGAUACCACGCAAGAUGGAGUUGCUUUUGGUUGACGAUUCAAACACUGUGAGAGUCUUGGAAAUCCAUGAAAAGCCAAUGAUGAAGUCAAAGCACAUUUCCCUCCCUUUGCAGCAGCCUCUCUCAAAAGCAUGCAUCUCUGCUGAUGGGUUUUUCUUCAUUGUGUUUAGGCAAUCCCAAUCCUCAAGCUACCUUGAUGUGUCGCUUGAAGGGCGUGAGAUAAUGUUGGAGGUUUAUGUUUUGGGUGAUCUCAUGAACCAUUUGAAGACCAUUAAGUUCAUUUCAGAUGAAAGCAGAACACCCGAUUUGGAUCAUCUGCAAGUGAAAAUUAAUAGCUUUGGACCACAAAGUCAUCUUGUACUGCACAGUCCUGAUGAUGCCCCUGGGUUUUUCUCUUCGCAUCUUCUGAAGACUGUCUCAGCUAAAGAGGUAGUGCAACAAGAAGUGCAAAACAAAGUUCCUGAUGGGGAACAGGGGGAAACAGAAAUAGGUGGUCCGUGCCCUCCUUUGGGUUACAUAUACCACAUUUUUGACAAAUUUGCAACCACUCCUGCAUUGUUUCCAACAGAUAAGAAGGACAUCACCUUCAACAUAGUACUAGACAACAGCGCGGACCCCUGCAACGGAGAGGCAUGCAUCAAAUAUCUGGAAGCUCUUGUUCGGAAACUAAGGGUGGCUAAAGACAAAGAUUUUUCAAACACGAGGGUUUGCUUUCAAGCUGAAAAUAUAGACAAAUGGGCAGAAAAAUUUGAGAGCAUGGUUUCAGAUGCAGCAUAUUACAAUACAAAGAUGAGAAUUGGAACGUGGAUCCGUAAGCUUCUUUGCCUUGUGCCCAUUCAGAUUGCUCGUGCAGAAAACAAUGGAAUGGUUGCUUUGAAGGAUGGACUUCAGAUCCCUUCUCAUGUUAGUUACGUGGAUAGCAUAUCACUUGCCAAUUUGAUGCGCUUUGGGUUCUACGAUGCUGUUAUCAACAGCUGGAGGGGUAAAAUUAGGGUUAUAUCUUCCAUGGGAAAGCAGAGCAGUGGGAAGUCAUAUUUGCUAAAUCAUUUGUCAGGCUCUCUCCUUGAUGUUUCUGGUGGGAGAUGCACUGAUGGUGUGUGGAUGACCAUCACUACAGGAGAAGGAGACGGCUGCCUCUAUGUGCUCUUGGACUUUGAGGGGCUUGGCAGUUUUGAGCGAAGCGAACAGGAGGAUAUGCUUCUCUCUGUUCUCAACGCUGCCCUCAGCAACCUUACUAUAUUCAACAAAAAGGAUUUUCACCUUGACAAGGAUACAGAGUCUGCUUUCAGCCGCUUCCAGAGUGGUAUCAACCUAUUGGAGCAGGACAAAAAACUAUUCAAGGGUUUAUUCUACAUUGCAAUCAAGGAUGUGGAUGAAUCCGAUGUAGUUGACCUUAUCCAAGAAUUCCAUGAGAAGAUAUCUCAAAUAUGCAGCAAGUCUCAGGAAAACUUCAUAUUAAAAAUGUAUGAUGGGAAGUUCGAGAUUGCUGCUAUGGCUCCUUAUAACCGGGCUGAAUAUUAUCAUGAUAGCUUGAGGGAAUUGGCGCAGACGGUGUAUGAAACUGAUUCUUGCUAUGAUAAUGGUUCUAUUUUCUUGAAAGACCUUAAGCUUAUAAUUGCUCAGAUUGCUGUCAAAGAUUGGUCUUCUGUUGACAGUAAACGUGUGGCUAUUAUAGUUGACAUUGUAAGGAGAAAUCUCAUGUGUGCCAUCAAUAUGGGAUGUCUUUCUCCCACAAAUUCAGAUGAAGUGCAGGAGCUCGUGAACUUUGAUACACAGGUAGAAGUUCCUGAUAUGCCUCUUGUUGUUGGCGAGUCGGUGCUCAUCAACAUUCGAGAUUCAGGGUUGAGUUUAGCACCUUCCAAGGAAUCAUCAACAUCUAGUUCUAUUAGAGAUUUGCUAGCUCAACUCAGGCUAAAACUAGAGGCUGUUUUACCUAGGAAAGGAAGCAAUAUUGAUUCCUGGCAUUCCAUGUUGGAGAGGUUCCUUAGUGCAGUGGCAGAGAGAAGGCGUGAUAGAGUUCAACGGUGGAUAAGCUCAAACACAGUGGAUUUCUCCGGUAAUGAUGAGGUGGAGAGGUUAGUGUUAGAGGCAGAUGUAAUUCUUGGAAAGAUAAAACAAGGUCUCUCUGUUUGUGGGUGUAAAUGUUCUCAGUGCUUUUGGAGAUGUGUGCUUGAGAAAGGCCAUGAUGACGACCACUCUUGCAUGAGUACUCACUCAUGUACUGAGCACUGUAGUUAUUGUGUUAAAGAAUGGGGAGAGCGAGAAGAAGUUGAGACCUUAAGCCUGUGCAGGGAUCUGGCUGGGCAUGAAGGCGGUCACAAUUGCAGAGAGAAAAAUCAUACAUGUGGACAGACAUGUGACUUGUUUGAAAGGUCAUCGAAUUGUAACAAGUUGUGUUCUCUUGAGCCUGAACACCAUGGCAACCAGCACAAAUGCAACUCCCCGCAACAUAAAUGCAAGAUGCCAUGUUCUCUUCAAAGCUGCAACAAUCCAUGUGCUGUGGCAGUUGAGCUUGACCACGAGCAGCAUCAGUGCCAUGAAACAUAUUGCCCCAGCCCAUGCGUUAUGAAUGGAUGUAGCAGGACAUGUGGAGUGAAGGAUCAUUUUCAUGGUAUGAAUGAUCCUAAUGUAGAGCAUUUAUGUGGAAGUGAACAUGCCUGUGCAGAGAAAUGUGAAGAGCCUGGAAUCUGUGAAAUCCUUACGGAGCUUGUAAGACAAACCCGGGUUUUCGAGGGACAGAGGGGAUGUUUUCAGUAUGAACAUGUCUCUGAACAAAAUGGCUUGCGCAAAGGUUGUUGCAUUCCCAUACCCCCUUUUGAGAAGAAGCAUCGAGGGGCACAUGUUCACACCAAGAAUGAACUCUCUGUGCACUACUGUGACACGAGAUGCCAAGCUUGCGGUUACUUCUGUCGGCGUCCAGUGGGUCAUCUUGGCUUGCAUGAAACAACUCAUGGUAAUAUGAGGAAUGUAAGAUUCAUCUCAGAGGAGGAAGACAUUGACAUUAAGGAUCGAAAGUAUAAAUGGGGAGAAAAAGGAGAGGCUGAAAUGUGCAAUAUGUAUUGCAGGAAACAGGGUCGGGGUCAUAUCCAUUUGGUUCCCUGUAAAGGCUUCGAGAUAUGCGCUAGCAAUCUCUAUGAUGGUGCUAGGCACGAGACUGUGAAAUAUGGACCUGAUGUUGAUGUUCCCAAAGAUGAGAUGACUCAUGAGACUUACUGGGAAUAUGUCAGAUUUGUUGAUCCUUGCACAAAAGAAGAGGGCAUUGAGUUUGGUCUGUGCAAUCACUAUUGCCAAUCGGAGGAGCACAACUCAGAGGAAAAGGCUUCUAAAAAUUCCUAUUGCACUGAGAAUCUAUGGCACGAACCCAUCUCAAAAACUGGGCAACGAAUGAAUUCUGCAGGCUAUGUAACCGAUGAUGGACAUCAUUUCAGCUGCGAUCAUUCUAAUAAUGUUCCCUAUCAUGUCGUUUUUGUGAUUGACAAAUCAGGUUCAAUGAGCUGCUCUGAUAUUAGCCCUACAAUGGCCAAGUUUAACAAUCAUGAUUGUAGGCUGGGAUGUGUAUAUGAGGCUAUUUUGAGGUUUAUACAAGCUCGGUUAAGAACAGUUUGUGAAGAUUCAAUAUCAGUGGUCUUAUUUGACACAUCUGCAAGGGUAGCUGUAGGCAUUCAAGAUAUGGAGGAAGUUGUUGUCGAUUUACUUCUUCAAUACCGGGCUUCUGGAGGAACCACGUAUUCAUCUGGAUUGGACGCUGCACAGAAAUUAAUGAUGAAAGCAACCAGAGACUUAAAAGAAGACAUGAAAACACCAGUUGUUAUCUUCUUGAGUGAUGGGGAGAACAACGGCGGAGAGGAUCCUGUCUCCUUUGUGAACAGAAUGAAAAGGCAGGAGCCUAAGAUGACACUUCAUACAAUUAUGUACGGGCAAAAUCCUGCGAUGAGUAUCUUGGAGGAAAUGGCCAAGGAAGGACAAGGACAGUUCCAGUUAACCCUUGAUGGACUUCAGCUGGCUCAGAGCUUUGAGAAUCUCGCCAAAAGCCUCAAGCCUCGAGUUGCAGCCUUAAUGUAAGGGCAGCUGCUUCCUUGUUCUGUUUUUUGUUCUCUGAAGUGACGACCCACUAGGUGAUAGUAUUUAACUAAUCAGUAUUAAGUUUGGGUUUAGGUGUGUUUUAUAACUCUAUUCGUAAAUACAGUCCAGAUGUUUUAUAACAUUUUGAGAAAUAAAUAUAUGUUAUUCCCUA